AUGGGGCUCGGCAGCUACGUCGCCACUAUGAGCAUCAUCGUCGGUGACCAGGAGGAGGAGGAGGCAAAGGAACCGGGGUGCAGGCUGGUGUGGGCGUUCGAGUGCGACCCCGUGCAGGGGUGGACCUGGGACGGGCUCCUCGGCUACCUCGACGGCGGCGUCAAGGCCAUCGCCGCGCGGAUGGAGGAAGCCCAUGCCGCCGCCAGCGCCAGUGCCGGAGGAGACGGCGUCGUCGUCGUCGCUGCUUGA